ACUCUUAGCUCACUCUUUGUUGCUCCAUUAAUCGUGUGGUUUUCAUGUUCAUCUUGAAAGAGAGUUUACUGGUUCUCCUGGGCACACUGUUAAAUGUGGUAAAUUGUGAUUGUAGGAACUAUUUCUUUGCGGCGUAGGAUUACUUUAUCGAGCGACCGUCUAUCUACGUUUAAGUUUGAGCUGCCAUCUUGAUAGCUCGUUGAGCUACGUUACGCCUACCGGUGUGGAAUACUAUUGUAUUGGGCUUCUAUACUUUGACCUAGCAAAGAGCCAUGAACAGAGACAGAGACCGAGGCAGCUCCAGGGAUGGCAGAAGAGGAGGGGGAGGAGGUGGUCGAGAUUUUGGUCGAUCUGGAGGAGGUAGCCGCUUUGGAGGUGGUGGUGGAUUUGGGGGAGGUUUUGGAGGAGGAUUUGGUGGAGGAGGCUUUGGUAGCAGCCUCAAGGGCAAGCAGCCUGGAGAACGUCUUCGAAAGCCUAGAUGGGACAUGAGUACACUUCAGCCAUUCAGGAAAGACUUUUAUGUUCCCCAUCCUACGGUUGCUAACAGAACUCCUCAGGAAGUAGCCGCAUAUCGAUCCAGUGUAGAAAUUACUGUAAAGGGCGUUGAUUGUCCUCAGCCAAUCAUGUAUUUUGAGGAGGUUAAUUUUCCAGAUUAUGUCACGGCUGAAAUAAGGAAACAAGGGUUUUCCCAACCCACUCCCAUUCAAGCUCAAGGAUGGCCCAUUGCUAUGAGUGGCCGAGACAUGGUUGGCAUUGCCCAGACAGGCUCAGGCAAAACACUUGCUUAUAUAUUGCCGGCUGUAGUUCACAUCAACUAUCAACCAAGGAUAGUUCGUAAUGAUGGACCCAUUGCCUUAGUCCUCGCUCCAACCAGAGAAUUAGCACAACAGAUUCAGCAGGUGGCCACUGAAUUUGGAUCAUCUACUUAUGUCCGCAAUACAUGUGUCUUUGGUGGUGCUCCAAAGGGAGGCCAAGCUAGAGAUUUGGAAAGAGGUGUUGAAAUUGUAAUUGCCACACCAGGGCGCCUUAUUGACUUCUUGGAACGUGGUACCACCAAUUUGAGACGAUGCACAUACCUUGUGUUGGAUGAAGCUGAUAGAAUGUUAGACAUGGGUUUUGAACCCCAAAUCAGAAAGAUCAUUGAACAAAUUAGGCCAGACCGUCAAGUUUUGAUGUGGUCUGCAACAUGGCCCAAGGAAGUUCGCAAUUUAGCUGAAGAAUUUUUGACAGACUACAUCCAGAUCAAUGUAGGAUCUCUUCAACUGUCCGCUAAUCAUAAUAUUCUUCAAAUUGUUGAUGUUUGCCAAGAAUAUGAGAAGGAGGGCAAAUUGCUUAAGCUUUUACAAGAAAUUGCUGCUGAAGCAGAAAAUAAAACAAUGAUUUUUGUUGAGACAAAAAGAAAAGUUGAUGAAAUAACUCGUGCACUCUCAAGAUAUGGAUGGCAUGCAAUGGCCAUUCAUGGAGAUAAAUCGCAACAAGAGAGAGAUUAUGUGCUAAAUGAAUUCAGAAAUGGGAAAAUCAACAUAUUGGUUGCAACUGAUGUGGCUGCUCGAGGUUUAGAUGUUGAUGAUGUUAAAUUUGUCAUCAACUAUGACUAUCCUUCCUCUUCGGAGGACUACGUUCACCGAAUUGGUCGCACUGGACGUUCUAGGCAGACUGGAACUGCCUAUGCUUUCUUCACUCCUCAAAAUGGAAACAAGGCCAACGACCUAAUCAGUGUUCUCCAAGAGGCAAAACAAGUUGUCAACCCCAAGCUCUAUGAACUGUCAGAGAUGUCCAGAUCAGGGGCCUUUGGACGAAGUCGAAGCAGGUACGGCGGUGGUGGCGGCGGCCGUUCAGGCGGGGGCUUCCGUGGAGGGCGCGACGACCGCGGCCCUCGUGGCCUUGGAGGACGCAGCGGAGGUGGUGGCGGCGGCGGCGGCCUAGGCGGCGGCCUCGGGGGUGGUCUCGGCGGUGGCCUUGGAGGUGGUCUCGGCGGCGGCCUGGGAGGCGGCCUUGGAGGGAGCCGUGGUGGAAGUUAUGGAGGACCAAGGGGCGACCGGGAGGAGCGGGGCUCGCGCUGGGGCAGCGAGGCUGGGGCAGGGGCGGCCAGGAGCUCCUCUGGAGGACGCGGCGGCUUCGGCAACCCUCCUCCACUGUUGGGAGGAAGCGCUGCAGGCAACGGUGCUACGGCCGCAGGCGCCGGCUUCGGAGCAAUGCCACCCGGACCACCACCUGCCGCCGCACCCCAGUCUAUGGCUAGCAGCGCCAUGGCCUAUGCGCAGUACCAAAUGAAUGGUUUUGCCUACACUCAGCCACCCCCGCCCCUACCUAAGUAGAUAUAGAGGCAUUUGGUUUUGAUCUCGUUAAGUAUUUGAUUUCAUUCUCAUGUGACAACUAUGUAGUUGACGACAUUCCCAGAAAUGAUCCAAAAUUUAUUGUGUGACUUUGAUAAUUAAUCUGUAUCCACUUAUAAUGCUUGUCGUUUUUUUCUUUUUGUUUUUCUUU